CACAGCAGUUUGAGUGUCUGCUGAAUUUGUCCAUUUGAAAUCCCACAGGAUUGCCACAGGCUGCUGAAUCGAAGUUCAGGCUCUCACUCAGAUGAGAUUCGAGAUGAUGCUGAGUGAUGAUGGGAAAAAUCUGGAUCUCUCCAUGCUAACAGAUGACGAAGCCAAGCAUGUCUGGCAGGUUAUCCAGAGAGACUUCCAUCUGCGAAAGAAAGAAGAGGACAGACUAGGGAAGCUAAAGACCAAAAUAUUGAAAGAGGAUACAAAAAGAGAGCUGCUGGAAUAUCAGCCUAAACUCAGCGAUUCUCUCUGCAUUCGCUGUCUGCAGCCCUUCAAAUUACUUGUCAACAGCAAGCGCCAAUGCCUGGACUGCAAGCUCUUUGUCUGCAAGUCCUGCAGUCAUUUUAACAAGAAGGAAAGUGGUUGGGUGUGUGAUCCAUGUCACAUGGCCAGAGUCCUCAAGAUUGGCACAUUGGAAUGGUUUCAUGAGAAUGUACGCUCUCGCUUCAAACGUUUCGGCAGUGCAAAGGUCAUAAAUUCGCUUUUCAAGCGGCUAAACAAUGAUCGUGCCUACUCUCAAACUGACUUCAGAGAGCCUCAAGACGAUGACACGCACAGCAUGCCUGAAGUGCACAUUGGUUCCCUGUAUAGCCAGGAGGAUGAGCAAUCUGAGGGGCGAGACAGACCGCACUUCAACCUGACCAGAAGAGGCAGACGGCUGCUUCCAGCUGGUCCUCUUGAUUUUAAUCUUGGCGUUGAGAACUCUGUCUAUUCUCGGCCUCACUUCUUGCUGUAUUCAGGUAGCCAGGAGAAAAUAACCCAGAGAAAAGGCUCACUAACUGAAGAGGACUGGUCUACAACCUUCAAGCAGAUUCUGGAGAACGGAACUCAUGACAGAGGUCAUGAGAUGAAGGACAUGUUUCAAAUCAGCCAAAGAAUUCUGGACAAACCUUCUUAUUUUGAUGACUGCACACUGGACCUAGAGCAGAGGAUGACAAAAGCUUGUUCCCUGUCUAAGAUGAGCAUUUCCUCAGCUGGCAGUACUAACUAUCACCUCCACCGUGAGCUUUCCUACAGCCUGGACUCAGACGAUGAUGAUGAUUCUCAGAUGAAUGUCAUACCUGUAUACAGUCCAUUCCUACAGAGGGAGCCCUCACCAGAUGAGGUUCCCACACAAAUUAUUGAGCUAAAUAAGCGCAUGUCAGCAAUUGAGACACUUCUCAGCCGUUUGGAGCAGAAAAUUACAGUUCCAGUAACUGGGGGAUCAAUGGAACAGGUUGAGCAGAAGAAAGAGGAGGAUCUGUCUCCUGCUGACCUAGAGGAGCUUGAGCUCAGGAAAAAACUUGAUGAACUUACUGAAAAAAUAAGUGACAAGGGUCUGUCCUCUGAUGAGGAUGAUGCAACAAAAUCUUCAGAGGACUCUCCAAAUAAAGAAGCUGUUUAUCAGGCUACAGCUAUGAGAAGAACUUCAGCUGGAAUUGAGAAUGUCAGACAUGAGUGGCCACUGGAGGAUGAAUGUAAAGCAACGCCAGAUAUACAUAAAUUCCUCAAAAAGCAGAGGAGAGUGAGUUCCUUUGAACUUAGUAACACAACCAGCUGUGAGCUCUCGCAACUGGAGGGUAAAGUUGCAAUGGCAGCAGCCAGUGUCCAGAGCACUCAAAGCGGGGUUUCAGACAUUCAGAAAAGAAUCGCUGCUUUGAGUGCUGUGGGGAUGUCAGUGGAGACCUCCCGUCGAUGGGAGCUGGCAAUUAAGCAAGAUUUUUACGGAAGCUGAGCAUCAUGUGAAGAAAGCUUACGCCCUUUCAAAUAUUUUUAGUACCGUGAUGGAAUACAAACCCACAGAACAUUUAUACAUUUACACCAGGCAUAUAUCAUAUGACAGUUAAGAAAUGUUGUUGUUUGUGGACCGAACUCCCAUCUUUUUAAUAAGAUAUUGGUAACACUUUACAAUAAGGUUUCUUUUGUUAAAAUUAGUUAACAUUAGUUAAAAUGAACUAACACUGAACAAUAAUUUUACAGCAUUUAUUCAUCUUAAUGUUAAUUUCAACAUAUAGUAAUACAUUUUAAAAUCAAAAGUUACAUUAGUUAAUGCACUAUUAACUAACAUGAACUUACAAUGAACAAUUGCAUUUUAUUAACUAACAUUAACAAAGAUUAAUAAAUGCUGUAAAAAAUACAUUGUGCAUUGUUUGUUCAUAUCUAAUGCAUUGACUACUGUUAACGAAUGGAAACUUUUUGUAAAGUGUUACAGGUAUAUUUAAUAAUUGCUUUAAUUGCUUUCAGGAGAUUAUUCAGCUAAAAGGAGAGGCUCAUCUUUUAACAUGCGCUCUUUAUAUCCAUAGGACAGAAAAUGUGUCAAAAUAUCAAACGUGCAUAACAGAAGCUGGAUGUUUGUCUGUUUACAUAGCACAUACGCUGUUUAAAUACAAAAUAAAACUGAUUUAUAUCUAAUGAACUGGGUUAGGAUACAUUACAUAAAAUAUUGUAUUUGAUAUAUUUUUCAUAUACUUAUUUGUAUCUUCUCAUUAAAUAUCUAACACUACUCAGAUUUGUUAAUCUCAUUGUCCUGUGUCAGUGAUGUAUUAAAUCAAUAGCUCAGUUUCAGCACAAUUCUAACACACAUUCCAACAUUGUAAUUUGUGUAAGGAUAUUUUGUGUAUACAUGCAACCUGUAUACCACUCACCCUCCCCCAGAGGGGGUAUAAAUUUGUGUAUCAGGCUGAAGAAUCUCCAUAACCUCUGAGAAAGACUCAAACCUCUCAGUAGAUACUCAACCUUUCAUAUACUCAAGUUUAUGAGAAGAAUAUACACUGAAGACAUCAUCUGACAAAUUUCAGCCCUGAAGACACGACACACUUAUGCAUACUCUGAACUAAAGGAUCUUUUUAUCUGUCAUUUGUUGAUCACAGCAUUCAAUUCCAGGACGGGAACAGCUUACUAUUUUUUUCAGGUGGCACUUUGCUCACUCUCUGGUGCAAUACACUAAGUCAUGGCUGUAAAGCUGUGUGCUCUGCUUUGUAUUCUCAUGCUAUUAGUGAGUCUAUCCCAGCCAAAAUCUCAUGAUGAUCUACCAUUACGCUCAUCCGAGAUAAGAGGUGAAAUUUUCUUACUACAAAUAAAACUCUCUUGCCUUAAUUAUUAUAGUUUUAUAUUAAUGUUCUAUUAUGCCCUGCAGACCCAAAUAUUGAUGCCCUGUGGUAUAAAGUCAGAGGGAUACGGCCUGUUGGGAGAUUUGGCCGAAGGAUGGCACAAAGAGGGAAAGGAUCAUAUUUUGGAAAGCACAGGACCUGCUAUCCAGAGGUCCUGGCUGUGGACUGA